CACAGGCACAGCCUUGCCACACACCCAUGAGCAGCUGAGCUCCCAUUAUUCUCACCUGCCGAUCGCUGUGUCCAUCGCUCUCUCGCCACCAUCACUCGCGUCAUCCUACGUACGCCGGCUUAGCUAGAGCUAUCUCGAUGACCAGACCAGCGCCGUCGCCGCUGCUCGUGUUGGUCGUGCUGGUCGGCGCGCUGGCCGGCGGACGCGAGGCGGCGCUGCUGAAGGCGCACUUCUACAGGCCCAGCUGCCCGGCGGCGGAGGCGGUGGUGCGCGACAUCGUGCUGGCCCGCGUCGCCGCCGACCCCGCCGCGCUGCCGGCGAGGCUGCUCCGCCUCUUCUUCCACGACUGUUUCGUCAGGGGGUGCGACGCGUCGCUGCUGAUCGACUCGACGGCGGGCAACACCGCGGAGAAGGACGCUGCGCCGAACGGGUCGCUGGGCGGCUUCGACGUCAUCGACACCGCCAAGGCCGUGCUGGAGGCCGUCUGCCCCGGCGUCGUCUCCUGCGCCGACAUCGUCGCGCUCGCUGCAAGGGACGCCAUCUCCUUCCAGUUCGGUCGUGACCUGUGGGACGUGCAGCUCGGGCGGCGCGACGGCGUGGUAUCCAGCGCGUCGGAGGUGCUGUCCGACAUACCCUCGCCGUCGGAUAACUUCACUGUGCUUGAGGCCAAAUUCGCCAGCAAGGGCCUCGACGUCAAGGACCUCGUCAUCCUCUCGGGCGCGCACACCAUCGGUGUCGGCCACUGCAACCUCUUCGGCAGCCGCCUCUUCAGCUCCACCACCUCCGGUGUCGCCCCCGCGACCGACCCGACCCUCAACGCCGCCUACGCCUCUCAGCUGCGCGCCGCGUGUGGGUCGCCCUCCAACAACGUCACCGCCGUGCCUAUGGAUCCCGGCAGCCCCGCCCGGUUCGACUCCCACUACUACGUCAACCUCAAGCUCGGCCGUGGCCUGUUCCGCUCCGACGCCCAACUGCUCGCCGACCGCCGCUCCGCCAGCAUGAUCCACGCGCUGACCAAGGAAGGCUACUUCCUGCAGGAGUUCAAGAACGCUGUGCGCAAGAUGGGCCGCGUCGGCGUGCUCACUGGCGGGCAGGGAGAGAUCAGGAGAAACUGCAGGGCCGUCAACUCAUAAACUGAUUGAUUGGUACAUACGUACAUGACUACAUAUACACUGUGAUGUUUUGGUGGUAAUUAGUUAUGAUAGGUUUGUUUGUGUUUAUAUUCUUGGUGUUCACAUGAGGGGAGCCGUAAUGAAUAAUCAGCCCGGCUAUUGUCGAACACGAACGCUAUGGAUUAUUGGGUUGCAUAAUUUAUUUAUUUUUGGGGUUUCAAGUUGCAUAA